UGUUUGGAACCUGCAGAUAAAUCCACUUCUAACUAUGGUUUUUUUUUUUUUUUUCAAUGCAACGUUUUUGAUUUCCCUGUCGCUUGGUUGCAUGUUAAAAUAGGUCAGGUACAGUCAGAAACGUUAUCAUUACCAAGAUGGAGUGCCACCUCGUCACCAAAGACGAAACGCAAAUGCAGCACGAUGGCUGCUUUGCUUCCCGCAUCAGUGCGAACCGUCCGAGAGCCGCCUCGCGGGGCACGGUCCAGUCGUCCAUCUAUGGUACGAAGGAGGUACCUUACCUUGCUAGGGGUGGGGGGUCAGCCAACACCCAGUUCGCCAGCAACAGCAGUAAAUCAUGUUUGAGUGUGUUGUCGGUGUGUGUUUCCCAGAGUAAAUUAUGUGGCUCCCAUGAAUAUUCAUGGGCCUAAAAAAUUAGUUGUUAAUACGAAC